GCUCAGUCAGACACAAUGAGCCAUCCGUCGUUGGGGUACGCGCAUGUUGCCUCGGCGCAACGGGCACCAUUUUAACCCACUUUUAGCCGUCGUUGUACACUUCUUUGAUGUACUUGAUUAUUACGGAACAGUGGGAGCUCUUUAUGGGGUUUACAAGUGCGACUACGUCGAGUUUGAUAAAAACGAGGUCGAGAGUCGACUACAGUAGUUAGCCCCUCCUGCCUGCUGGACCCCCCGCCACCCACCUCAUUUAUUUUUGCUACUUUUUGGACCCCAAGACGAACAAUGUCGGUCACCGCGUCCUCUGACUACUUCGCCGCCGAGUGCUUGGUUUCUAUUUCGAGUGGUCCCGUUUUGCACAGACCCACCCCGGUGGCCCUCGCCGCAAGCCAGCCAAGUACUACCGCGGGCCUCCUCCCCGGGGAGCACGACGGCUCGAGCGAGGAUCGCGAAGUGCGGGAGACCCUGAGGUUGGAGGGGGCCAACAUGAUGACCGUGGCCGGUAUCCUCACCGACCUCCACGGCAAGUUCCGGCCCAUGUCGGCCUACUCUGAGAGCAGCAACUCGUCGUGCGGUGGGGAAAGCGGUUACACCACGUUGUCGAACCCCACCACCCCUACCAUGACCCCCUCCGCUACUCCGGUGCCCGGACAGCAACCGCCGAGGGGGGGAGCGGGAGGAGGAGGGGGCGUGGGCCCACCUCGUUCCCCCGUGAAGCGGCACCACUGCACUUUUGACGGAUGCGACAGAGUUUACGGGAAAUCAUCCCACUUGAAGGCACACAUCCGGACCCACACAGGCGAGAGGCCGUUUCCAUGCACCUGGCCCGACUGCGAAAAGAAGUUCGCCCGUUCCGACGAGCUGGCCCGCCACACCCGCACACACACGGGAGAAAAACGCUUCCUGUGCCCCUUGUGCGACAAGCGCUUCAUGCGCAGCGACCAUCUGAUCAAGCACGCCCGCCGUCACCCCGACUUCCAGCCCGCCAUGUUGGGGCGCAACAAGGGCAUGUGCUCUCCCAGCCCGACUGUCCACCAUUAGAUGGUUCAGGUUACUUGGGAUGAGCGGAAGGGGGGGGGGGUAUAUUGGCAGGAGCAUUUGUGGUCACAAGUGGGGGUUAACCAGCUACAAUUUGUUUCAUUGAGGAAAAAUACAAGCAUUGCUAUGUGUUGCUGAAGAGGCGCACGUACCCAAAUCAACGCAGCGGCUGGAUGUGAGGGGCGACGAGCAUUCGCUGCGCAUCCCCCACAGAUGAGUCACGUGACCACUUUCCACCUGCAACAUAAAAAGGGUUGGGUUUCAUUGGCUGGUAUUGAACUGAGACCAGUUCCGAAUCCUUCAGUUCAGAUUUUGAUGUGCUUCUCGAUUCCACUUCAUCGAUUCCCGGAAUUAGUCUGCUCGCUUGCACCUUUUCAAAUCGUCGCAAAAGAGAAGUGCGGCAUUAAGACAAAGCAGAAAAUCUUUUUUUCUCCCCCCCUCCAAAAGGUGACAAAUUGAAGAGACAUGCAGUCCGAUGCGAGGCUAAACAAUUCGUUUAUGUCAUACAAGAUUUUGAAUGUCUAAUUUGGGAGGUCUGCCUUAAGGAGCACACCAGAAAAUAAUGGCAUGACAGACCUUUCAUGGUAUGGUAACCGUAACUGAAAAUACAUGAUUUUUGCUUCCAAACAAAAUUUGGGUUUCUUUUCUCAGGCGGGUUCAAAUGAGAAUUGGAAUCGAAAAAGCAGAUUUCAAUUGACCCCCCCCCC